AUGCAGAACCGUCUGAUAAAGUUGUGACUGCCUGAGAAGAUUAGCAUGGCAGAGGUGGUUCGUGAAGAAAGCAUCAGAAUAGCAACAGAAUACAACGACAUGCCUGAAACUUUCUCCCCAGGGUCAACUACUGCAGCGCCUGGGCAGAGUUACUACAAGGGCCUCGCUGUGGCGUUUGGACUCCUGUGUCUCCUACAAGUCGGUCUCAAUGUUUCCCUUCGUAUAUACAAUUCUGGAAAGAUGGCCAACAUUGACUUCAAUCGUGCAAAUGAGACUGCAGUCAUGAAGAUGAAGCUCAAUGAAUUAGAGGAAUAUCUCCAACGAGGAUGGCGGUAUUUCCGAACCAGUCUCUACUACGUGUCACCAGUUAAGAAAUCCUGGUUUGACAGCAGAAACUUCUGUGUUGAAAGAGGUGCAGACCUGGUGGUCAUCAACAGCAGAGAAGAGCAGGAGUUCAUGAAUAAAUUUGGAAAGAUUACAUGGAUUGGACUGAGUCAACAGCAGGACAACGGGCAGUGGGUUUGGGUGGACGGGACUCCGCUGAACAUAAGCUUCUGGUCCCGUGGAGAGCCCAAUGAUGUUGAUGGAAUAGAAAACUGCACUGAAAUAAAUGACCGUCCUGUAGGAAAAAGCUGGAAUGAUGCUGAUUGUCAAAUUGAGAAAUCUUGGAUCUGUGAGAAGAACAUAAAUUUCCUGUAA